AUGGCGGGAUUCAAACCUUCUCAGGUGUUUGCAUCUGUAUCGAGUCCUCCACGGAAACAAUUGAAAAUGGAAGAUAUAGAUUUUGAGAAUAUCACUCCAUUAACAAAUGUCAAGGUAUCAGAUCGAUACAUUACAGUGAAUGCCAUGGGAGAAGUGAGUUUGCCACCUGACAGAUGCAAGUUGACACUGCGGAUAAAUUCACAGAAAGAAAAUGUCGAGGAAGUGAAAACCAGCGUCACAAGACGCGUGGACUACGUACUACAAACUCUGUAUAACCAUUCGAUAAAGGAGUCAGAUAUAAAAAUGUACAAAACGAUCAGAAGAGUCGAAGGGUUAUUUUCUAUGGAAGCAGAGAUUCAAGCUAUUUUUGCAGAUCAACAUAAAUGUCAAACAGUGGCUAACCUUUUGGUAGAGAAGCUUGACGAGACAGUUACAGUGUGCCUUCCAGAAUUCUAUCAUGCAUCUACGACCAUGCAAAAUCUCAGACAACAAGCAAGUCUAUUAGCUAUUCACAAUGCUAAAUUGAAAGCCCAGGAAAUGGCAAAGUUUGUACAUCAAAAUGUUGGCCAACCAAUCAGUAUAGCAGAAGAGGAGACGAAGGAGUGGCAAGGUUCUCAGGACACACCCACAGAUAUUGAGAAUACAAAGACAGUCCAACAGCGACUAACUGACAGCACAGUUACCGUCUCAUGUAAAGUCUCUGUGCGUUUUGAACUGAAACCCAAAGUGAAAACAAAAGCUGUGAGAUAAUUAAGGCUUAUUUCAAUUUCAUUUUAUUUGAAUUCAUCAUGAAAGCUAGAAUUUGAUUUAAGUUAUUUCAUCUUACCUGUAAACUUGUAGUCAGUUAACAAAAAAAAAAAUGUUAAUUUGCAAUUUGUAUUCAUAUUUUGAAGGACCAAUUUUAAAAUGAUAUCAUAAUUGUCAUUAUU